GGGUGACGGGAUACCACCACGGCUCUGCCGCGCUGAAACCGCCGCAGCAGGACGGUUGUGGAAGUGAACGGAGCAGUGACGCAGAAAACUGAAAACCCUGUAUAAUUAUAGAUAAACGCUGACAAUGUUAUUUAUUUAUGAAGCACAACCCAACGGUGCAAUAAAUGAAGUGUGCUUGGAUAUUUUUGCAAAACGUGCUUCUUCCUCAAUCUCCAGCCUCCUGAAAACUGCAGAGCAAGCCACUCAAUUGUACCUUAAAUAACCCCUCAUGGUUCCAUCUAGUUUAGUUGCUGAAAGUUGUUUUCAUUAUCUGAAAUCGAAUCCUUCCUACAUUUAUAGUUUAUUUUUUUAAUUUAAAAAAGCCAUCCAUGGUGUCGGUAGGAUCGCUAAUCCUCUGGCGCUGCAACUCUGCAGAAGAGAAAGAGAGGGGCAUUGCAAUCGAAUAGGACUGAGCUGUUCUCCCUGACUCCCUGUGCAUGGGAGCAGUAAAAGACCGAUCUUUUCCCCCAAAAAAUGACCAAUCUUUAUUGCUUCUCUGCUUCUUUUAGCUUCUGGGCUUUCUUCGUAGUUGGUUUUUAUUUCCUUUUAAGGUUUUAUAUGGGGAACGAGGGCGGCAGUUGCCGAAUUACCUUGCUUGAUUGGGAUUGCCUGCAUGUAUAAUGGAUAGAACAGGGGGCUGAGAAAAAGAAAUCGGAUAUUGCCUGUUAUUUUUGGAGUGAGCAUUGAAUUUGUUAGGGGUAAGCUGAGUUUUGGAGCCUUAGUUCUUUUCAAUUUUUUUGUUUGGAUAAAAAUCUCUUUUUUUUUUUCUUCCGCAAAAUUCACUGCUUAAAGAAUCGAGAUGAAAGUAAGAAAGGUCAAGAAUUUUCAUCUCGGUUUUCUCUGUUGUUGAAAGUGGAGAAACAUGUGGGGAUUGCAUGAAAGUUAAAGGAAACGAAUUGGGGUUAUAUGUCUGUUCAUCAUUAUCUUACUGUUUGCUUGAGGAUAAUGACCUUACAGAAAAGAAUCCUUGCACUAGUCCUGGUGAGCCCCAAGUGAGCUCGAAGUUGCUCUAUUCCUCCAUUUCUUUAUAGCUUAAACUGUUCGGUGAUUUGUCUCUUAGAAAGAAGACUCCAGUGGAAAAGGGGAGCGAGGCUCUCUGCAUCACCUUCCCUUCCCUUUUAUCUUUAUCAGUAUAUCAGCUUAUAGUUCACUCUUACCAUUUGAAUAAGAGUAGUUGCUAUGCUGAAGAAGAGAUCAAGUACAGCUUGCAGUAAACAAGGUCUGAUGUCUGAUCGCAUUUCACUUCCUUCUCCCACUAUAAAAUUCAGAAGCAGACCCACAGUUUCUUCUUUGAAUCCAUCUCCUGGAUUCUUAGGCAAUGAGGCUUCUGUAAUGAUCACGUCCUCCACUUUAGAAACAAAGCCCUUCUCUGCAGCAGGAAAUCACAUCUUCUCUGAUAGGAAACCAAAAGCUUGUUCAAACAAUUCCUCGGAGAGCAAAGUCCACCCUUGGGAUGUUAUAAACUCUAACAAAGUUGGGCUUGGCAUUGUUGAUGCUCUUAGCAAUGAGAAAGCAGACAAAAAAUCUUCGAAGGUUGAGAGUAGAAUGGUGUUGUUUGGAUCACAGCUCAAGGUUCAGAUCCCUUCUACAAGCCAGAUCAAUUCUGCUUUCCCAACUUGCUCAGUGGUUUCUCCUCACUCCUUGAUUGAGUUUGGUGUCAAAAACAAGAACUCAAAGUUAGCUAUGGCUCUUCUCUCUCCUGAAAGAAGAUGUUUGACUGCCACAACUCCUACCUCAAAGCCUCCACAAUCAGCUUUUUGUCUCUCUCCUAGUGAGAUGGAACUAUCUGAAGAUUAUACUCGUGUGAUUUCUCAUGGACCGAAUCCGAGGACAAUUCACAUUUUUGAUACUUGUACCUUAGAGAACUGCAACAAUGUGUUGAGUCCUUCAAGGAGGGAGAUCAAAUUCUCCAUCGAUGGCUCGAGCAAAUUUCCUUCUGUCAAUUCCUUGUCUUUCUACCAAUCUUGCAGGAAGAAAAUUGUGCAAGGAAAGGAUAUCUUCAUGUACAGGGGAGAAAAGGUAUUUUGUAGCUAUGACUGUGGAAACAGGGAGAUGGUUUUGGAUGACGAAACGGAGAAUUUGGCACAACAAGGACCACCACCAGCUUCUCCUUAGCAUGAGAAGGUGGCCCUCCUGUUACUGUUGUAAGGAUGGAAAGGGAGAGAUGGUCAGCAUAAAAUGAUUGCUCUUUUGUUCUUAUUAGUUUAAAAGAUUGGCCAGGCUAUGAUUACAAAGUAAAAUGAUAGAGCAUGGAUUGGCUUUUGAUAAUUUGUUUUUUAAUCUUGUGGGUGUUCUCCUGCUAGAGCUGAAUGUUGUAUUGAACUUUCAAUAUUUUAGCUUUCUAUACAAAGUAACAAUAUUUCUUGCUGUUGUCA